UCUAUGGUUUUAAAAUGGCGGACUAACAAAAUGGCGUCUAACUGUUUUGUGUUGAUUAAAAAACCGAAUUUUGUGUAGUUUUUUUCUUCAAUUCGCGAAUUUAGGGGUUUAGCAAGCGAAAAGUGAGAAUGUCCGACUCAGAAGCGAGCAAUUUCUCGGACGCCGAAGCCUCGGGAUCGGAGAGGGGCUCGCCCGUAUCGAACCGCUCCAGGCAGAGCAGCGUCGAGUCCCGUGGCUCCCGUCGUUCCGUCUCCCGGUCGCGGUCCCGUUCGGGCAGUCGCUCUGGUUCGGAGGCACGCGAGGCAUCGGACGGGGAACGAGUCGAAGAAGAGCAGGAACCCGAAGGCGACUCGUUACACGACAGCGAAGAAUAUGACAGUGAGGAGGACGAAAGUGAUUCGGGCCACCGGCGCAAACGUAAGAAGAAGGAUCGUUACGGUGGUUUUAUUAUCGACGAGGCUGAGGUCGACGACGAGGUGGAAGACGAGGACGAAUGGGAGGAUGGCGCUCAAGAGAUUGGUAUUGUCGGUAACGAGGUGGACGAGCUGGGGCCGACGGCUCGCGAAAUCGAAGGGCGACGACGCGGCACUAAUCUCUGGGAUUCACAGAAAGAGCACGAAAUCGAGGAGUACUUGCGUAAGAAGUACGCCGAUGACGGUGCGGCCGCCCGACACUUCGGGGAUGGCGGGGAGGAGAUGUCCGACGAAAUCACGCAACAGACCCUGCUCCCCGGCGUAAAAGAUCCGAAUUUGUGGAUGGUGAAAUGCCGGAUCGGCGAGGAGAAGGCGACCGUUCUGCUGCUGAUGCGAAAAUUCCUCGCGUAUCAGAACACGAACGAACCUCUGCAAAUCAAGUCGGUCGUCGCGCCCGAGGGGGUCAAGGGGUACAUUUACAUCGAGGCGUACAAGCAGCCGCACGUCAAGGCGUCGAUCGAGAACGUCGGCAAUUUACGAAUGGGACUGUGGAAGCAGCAGAUGGUGCCGAUCAAGGAGAUGACCGACGUGCUGCGCGUCGUUAAGGAACAGACGGGCCUCAAGUCGAAGCAGUGGGUGCGGCUCAAGCGCGGCCUGUACAAGGACGACAUCGCGCAGGUCGACUAUUUCGAUAUGGCCCAGAAUCAGGUGCAUCUCAAGCUGUUGCCGAGGAUCGACUACACUCGGCUGCGGGGCGCCUUACGUACUACGCAAUCGGAGUCCGAUGCGGAGAAACGCAAGAAGAAGAGGCGUCCCCCUAGUAAACCUUUCGAUCCUGAAGCUAUAAGGGCAAUCGGUGGUGAAGUAACUUCAGACGGUGACUUUUUAAUAUUCGAGGGAAAUCGUUACUCUCGCAAGGGCUUCCUGUACAAGAACUUUACGUUGAGCGCCGUAAUCGUGGACGGCGUAAAGCCGACGUUGGCCGAGCUGGAACGCUUCGAGGAGCAGCCCGAGGGAAUCGACUUGGAACUUCCGACCGAGAAGGAAGACAAGGCGUUAACGCACACCUUCAGCGCUGGCGAUAACGUCGAGGUGUGCGAGGGCGAGCUGAUUAACUUGCGGGGGCGCAUCGUGACGAUCGACGGAAAUAUGAUCACCGUUAUGCCGAAGCACGACGAUCUCAAGGACGCCCUCAUCUUCCAGGCGUCCGAAUUGAAAAAGUACUUCAGCAUGGGCGACCACGUCAAAGUGCUGUCGGGGCGCUACGAGGGCGACACCGGGCUGAUAGUGCGGGUCGAGAAUAAUCGCGUCGUCUUGAUCUCCGACCUGACCAUGCACGAAAUGGAAAUCCUCCCGAAAGAUCUGCAGCUGUGUACGGAUAUGGCGAGCGGCGUCGACUCCUUGGGCAAGUUCGAAUGGGGAGAUCUCGUCAAUUUGGAUUCGGAGACUGUCGGCGUGAUCGUCAGGUUGGAACGCGAGAAUUUCCACAUUUUAAAUAUGCACGGGAAGGUGGUCGAGUGUCGGCCCAGUUCCCUGCAGAAGCGGCGGCUGAAUCGUUUCACGGCCGCCUUGGAUUCGUUCCGAAACAAUUUACACAGGAAAGAUAUGGUCAAGGUCAUCGACGGGCCCCAUUCGGGCUUCGCCGGCGAAAUUAAGCACCUCUACAGGAAUUUCGCGUUCUUACAUUCCUUGGAGUACUUGCAGAACGGUGGAAUUUUCGUUUGCAAGACCAAGCACUUGCAAUUGGCCGGCGGCAACAAAACCGCGCCCGCCAUGGAGGUGACGACGAACAUGGAGUUCAUGUCGCCUCGCCGCAGCUCGCCCAUGCAUCCUUCCGGGGGCGGGGGCGGAGGCGGCGGCGGAGGUUUCGGUACUCCGAGAGGUGGGGGCCACGGCCGUGUCACCCGCCAGCGUGAUCUCAUCGGAUCGACCAUCAAAAUCACUCGAGGCCCUUACAAGGGUAACAUCGGCAUCGUCAAGGACGCGACGCAGUCCACCGCGAGAAUCGAACUUCACACCUCCUGCCAGACGAUAUCGGUCGACAAGAACCAUAUUGCCGACGUCGGAACUCCGACUCGCGAUCCCGGCAGCACGAGCUACGGCAGAACGCCCGCGUACUCGGGCAGCCAAACUCCGCUCUACAGAGACAGCGGCAAUAAGACUCCGAUGGCGGACGCCGGCUCUCGUACUCCCCUGCACUACGGUUCGAUGACGCCGUUGCACGACGGCUCGCGCACUCCCAACGCUCACUCCGAGUGGGACCCCACCGCGUCCAACACGUACCCGUCGCCCGGCUACAACCCGAGCACGCCCGGCUAUCAAAUGAACGGACCGUACACGCCCCAGACGCCCGGAACGAUGUUUAACGAAAGCGGAUACAGCCCGUACCAACCCAGUCCCGGCUACCAAAGCGUGGUGUCGACCCCGAGCCCGGCGACCGGCUACAGCCAAUCGCCGUCAAGCAACAACCCGUACAACACCCCCAGCACCGGUUACAGCCCGAACAUGCCAUACAACCCCCAAACACCGGGCGCGAACCUGGAGGUCCUACCGAUGACCGAUUGGCACACAAUCGACAUCGAGGUGCGCAUACGCGACAGUCACGACGACCAAGGCCUCGUCGGCCAGACCGGCGUCAUACGUAGCAUCUCGGGCUCAAUGUGCUCGGUCUUUCUGCCCGAAGAAGACCGCGUCGUCACCAUAAUGUGCGACCAUCUCGAUCCCGUUCAACCUCAACGCGGCGACAUAUUUAAGGUGAUCAUCGGCGAGGAACGGGAGGCGAUCGGCGAACUCCUCUCCUUCGACUCUCAGGAGGGUAUCGUCAAGUUUAAAAAUAAGAUUACUCUGCUGCCGCUGUCGCAUCUGUGCAAGAUGCGUAAACCGGACGAUUAGAUGGUUCGACUCGCGACUGGAGGGGGGGGCCGAGCUCUAAUAUUAUUUAAAGUGUAAAGUAGUAACAAAUAAGGAUAAUAGAAAUAAAUUAUCAUCAAUUUCUUCUAA